UAAAUGUUUGUCUAGUUGUUGAGUAAAUUGUCUUGUCAAAUGUGAAAGUAUCGUCAAGGAAAUUGCUCACUUAUCCAUAAAGACACACCUCAUACACACCCCUUCACUCGACCAAUCACACACACUCGUUAAAUGAACGCGUACAGGAUAGCAUUGGAUGCUGAAAAUCUUCGAAUUAUGUUGACAACGUUGGUAAAAUGGACUGCUUCUGGAGCGAUGGUUUUCGGCGGCGUCGUACCAUAUGUCCCCCAAUACAGGGACAUAAAACGGUCUGAAAAUGCGGAAGGAUUCUCCACUUAUGUCUGUCUUGUACUACUUGUUGCAAAUUUGCUGAGGAUAUUUUUCUGGUUCGGACGUCGUUUCGAAUACCCUCUACUUGCUCAAAGUGUUAUCAUGAUAUUUACAAUGUUGGGAAUGCUGCACCUAUGUGUUCGAGUUAAAAGUAUGCAUGAUAUAAGUACAAGGAGAAGAGCAUUUAUAGAUUUUGACGUGAGACAUUUCUGGAAGUGGAAUCGCUUUUCAGAUUAUCUGCAAGCUGUCUUAUUGUUCACUGCGAUCGGAGGAUAUUUAACGUACUUACUAAUCGAUUCGUUCAUAUUCGUAGAAGGGAUCGGAUUCCUAGCUGUGUUCACGGAAGCAAUGCUCGGAUCGCCACAGUUUUAUAGAAAUUUUCAAAAUAAGUCAACUGUUGGGAUGAGUGUCCAAAUGGUGUUGAUGUGGACAAGUGGAGAUGUUUUUAAAACGGGGUAUUUCAUUGCAAACCAGGCUCCGGUACAAUUCUGGAUCUGUGGAUUACUGCAAGUUGGCGUGGACAUUGCAAUUUUAACCCAAGUUUGGUAUUAUGCACGGUAUCCCCAAACAGUCAAAAAAGCAGUUUCAUGAUCAGUUUUUCCAUUUUUUUUGUUUCAUAAGAGAAUUUUCGUAAAGAAAGGCCACACGUACUCAACUUUUGGAAUAAGAAAUUCGUCUCAGAGCACUGAACUAUAUAGAAUUAUGGUGGUAUGAUACCCACACACUCACUCCUAGGUAAAGGAGACUCAUUUCUGAACAAAGUUACCACUGAAAUCGAGAGCAUUACUUGCACUCACUCAGAAGUCAAGGAGACUCGUUACCAAUCAAAGUGACAGUUAUGGUCUUCCACCUAGAUUUAUGGGUCAUUAUGUUACUCACUUUGAAAAUUUACGGACGAUCAAUGAAAUAUCAUGAGUUACUGAUAAUAUUUCGAUCAACAUUAUGGAAACUCACUCAUAAGUAAAGGAGACAAGUUAAAUUACGGGCAGCAACUGAGUUCUCAAGAUCAUAACUCGUGCUCACACAGUAGCAAAGCAGAGAUACGAAUGACCGCUGAAAUGACAAAAAAGCUUCCGAAACUAUAUUAUAAGUCAGCGAUCUGCAACCUGCGUCGUCGGAGCCUCACGUGGCUCUUUGUUUUCGGAGCUCUGGCUCCCGGGAAUCUAAGUGGCUACAGCACUUUUUUGUUGAAACAGUGGGGAUUCAAUGAAAGUCGAAUACUACUUACUGAUUAGAGUAGAUGUUGCGGGCUCUAGUAGGUUUGAGUUUGACGGAAAGGAUGCCAAAUGUCUCUUUUAAUGGUAAAGGUCGCCAAACCGUGUUAAGAAUUUUUGGUGCCUCAAAUAUUAGAAAUAAAUGAUUUUUUUUUUGAGUUAUGGGAUUGUGAAUAAUAUAUUGCUUAUAAGCCUCCAUAUGAUAGAUACUGAGAAAGUUUUUGAAAUAAAAAACGAGAAUCUCAAGAACUAGGUUUUUCAUAACCCCCCCACCUCCCUGAGAAUAUAUUGUGACAAUCAUAGUUAAUCUACCUCUUCUUUAUGACUAAAUAGAGGUGUUGGAAACCAGAUUGUGCUGGUUUGAUUCUAAUGGGGGAUGUAUUCCCCAAUGGCCAUAAACAUUAUUCCAAUUGCAACAUUGAUCUUAUCAAACUGAAUAUUUUAAAUAUAGACACAUUUUAUUUAUUGAGCCUCAUUUUUUGAAAAAUGUAUUAAAUCGAUCAGUAUAGUUUACUGGAAUAUAUAUAUAUACGGUGUCCAUAACGUUUUAG